AUUAGUUACAUGCAUUACUAUAACAGUGGGGGAGAGACAGCAUAGUGUGCCAUGCUCCCUGCAGUCCGAGCCUAUAGCAACAUAACUAGGAGCUGGUUGAAGCCUGAGAAGGUGUCUGAUCCCGGACCCUGACUGGUAGAUGCUUCCAAAAGAGAGGGUACUGAUAAAUGAAGGCUCUACCUCCCAUACUACUUUUAGAGACUUUAGGGGCACAAGCAGGCCUUUGUUAACAGUCACAUUUAAUCCUAAUUUUCAACCAUUUUAAAUUAGUCUCAGAGCUCCUCAAAACAUGUCUGUGAAGUUUCUUGUUCUAAAGUGUGGUUAAGCUGAACAUACAGUAUCUGCUUUGAAUAACUAACUUUAAAAAAAAUGUUAGUAUAUGAUAAUAUUACAUUUCCCAAUUUAUACACCUGCAGUCUUGUGCAGUGAAAUUUGACUUUGUGUUCUCAGGCUAAUGUAAAACAUACAAAAAGUAACACAUAUUAAUGUGUACUUACUCUCAGUUUGCAUUGCUGCUGCUGCCUUUAACAGCUGUCGUCAAAAGAACAGCACUCCAGUCCUGAACAGAACAGCUAAUGAAGGGGUGGUUAAUAAAGUACACAUUCUUCUCUCAAUAAGAAGAACAGAUAGUUCAGAAGGCUCUGGUGAGAAUGGAAGUGCUAGUCGAACUUCUUCAGUGAGACAAAAGUGAAAAUAAAUAGACUCUGAAAUGUAUAAGCUCAAAUCCAUUUACCAUUCACUUAUGCAAGGGGGACGUGCAGCACAAUGACGCACGGAAAUCAAUUAUUUACCAUUUCUAACCUCCAAUAAUAUCUACUUUAUAACACAAGAUAAUGGCAACAUUAUCUUCAUUUUUCGAUGAAACAAAAAAAAGAUUCCUGCUAAAGUCAGUAUUUGAAGUACUUAAACAUUUGCAUGCAGACUUCUGCACAGUUUAACUUGCAACUUGGGACAUUAAGCUCUGCCCUAAAUCUUCAUGGUAGUUUUUCCACUAGUUGUUCAAUAUUUUGAUUUGGACCAAAGUGUUGGACUGAUUUAAAGAGAUAUGUUGCUAACACGGCUAACAAAUGGAUUUCUAAAAACAAAGUGUCCUGGUUUCAACAUUACAAAAGAUAUGAGGUAGUAUAGCUCCCUCGUGAAAGAGAGCGUGGCCUCUUCUUGCUCUCUCCCCUCGUGGUUUUAAUAAAUAACCCAAAGGAGUCUUGUUGUCAGCUGUUUUCUGUUAGAUGACAAAGAACAAUGACAAAAACCCUUAAGCUAAUAUCUUGUUUAAACAGAAUUCUAGUUUCCCUGAAGGCUGAGUAAAAAAAAAUAUAUAUAUUUUUAAUGUAAAUAAUCAUACAGCAUUGUGUGCUCACAGACACAACAAACAACCCUAAAGUCAGUGGUAGCUGUCAGCUUCAGUCUCAAAGACACGCUCUUACUCGGCUCUGCGGUGAGUGCAACAUCACAACAAGAUGGCGUCAGGUCUUCAGUUGAUCAUGCUCCUCUGUUUGACCAGUAGACUAUGGAUCGGGGUUGCAUCAUGUUCGAUACUAACAGGUGAAUCCUGCAAGACUUGCCCUCAGGGUUGGAUUCAUUUUGACAAAAGCUGCUACCUUUUCCAGUUCACUCAGAUGGAUUGGGCUGAUGCAGAGCGCCACUGCACCGCCAUUGGAGGAAAUCUGCCUUCUGUCCACGCCAAUGACCAGUACACCUUCCUCAGAAAUACUAUUCAUCAGUUGACUGGGCGACAUGGUGGUGCUUGGCUUGGAGGAUAUGAUGCUGUAAAGGAGGGUGUGUGGCUGUGGAGUGAUGGUUCCCUUUUUGACUUCAAACACUGGGCCAAAGGGGAGCCAAAUGACAGGAGUGGAAAAACGAACUGCAUGGAGAUGAACUUCCGAGGAAAGGAUUACGUCAACGACACCUCUUGCAAUCAGAAGAGAUCUUUCUUUUGUGAGAAGCACUUGUGAAGUCCUCGCUGCGUGCUCACACUAGUUAAUCAAUCAAUCUUUAUUUCUAUAACAUUAAUUCAUAACAAAUGUCUCAAGACCUCUUACUGAAGAGCAGGUUUUUUCCCUCCCUAUGAUGUCACUCGUACCAGGAUGUCCAGCCUUGAUGACAUCACUGCUUUGGGAUUGAGUGGCAGUUGUCAUUGAAUACAUGUUGAAUCAAUAAAGUAAUACAUCCUG